AUGUUUAAUGUUUAGGAUGGGUGGAUAGAAAAACCUCCGAGAUGGAUCUGAGUGGAGUAAAGUUCAUGGACGACCAGAAGAGUGAGAUGAGUAAAGUUGAAGACAAGGGAACUGAAUCUGUUUAUAAGCUGAGGAGACCUCUAGAUCUCAGGAGCAAAUACCAUGAGUUCCUGGAGCAGCAGGCAGAGAUUGAAAGAACCAAGAGCACAAUCUCUACUCAGUACUCUACAAAGAUACCAGAAACAGAGAACCUACACGCCUGGGUCUAUUCAGAGGAGGAUGAACCCUGUUUUAUCGAAGCUACAACAGGAUAUGUGAAAAAACUGGAUAAUUCUAGUUAUAUCCGGAUUAAUUGUUUAUUCAAUGAUGAAAACUACUGGUUAAACCUUCAAGGAGACAAUCUGAAUAGAUCUGGUAAAAGUUUGGACCUUGAGAAUAAAAAGGUUUGGGUUAAACUGAUCCAGGAGAGGAAAAAGGAAGAGAAACCCCCCUCACCGGUUGCAACCAAGGAUAUAGGGAUGGGACUGAUGAGGAUAAAAAAGAAGGAACUCUCAAUAGAGAAGCCCCGUGAAAUGAUUAAAAGACCCUGGGAUCUCAUGAACUCUUGGGUUCAACCUUUAAAAGUUCCAAAAGAGAGUUUUGAUCUGGUUUUCCGACUGGGCCAGAAAACAGAAAGGUACCUGGAGACUAAGGUUGAACACUUUGCUCCGUAUCUUUUAAAGGACGGGUUGGUUCUCCGGGUUACCAAGUAUCAGAACAACCUGGAGAAUGCAGAGGAGGAGCGUGUGGUGUGCCGGUACAUGAACCGAGCUGACCGACUCCACCAGCGAGAGGUUUACAAACAGGAGGGGAGAGUCAUUGAGAGGUUUGGCAGAGGCAGAGAUGAUAAGCUUGCAGAGAUCGUUACAGAAAGCAAGAUUGGGGAGGACGCUAAAGUUAAAAUAUACAGUUUUCAUCAUAAAUAUAGACCAGAUGGGUUGGUGAGAAGAGAAGUUACUGAAUGGGAGUUAAAGGAUCUGUAUGUAGAUAGGGAGGAUCAUCUGAAAUCUAUGAAGGUAGUGUUCGGAGUACCUGAUAAGAAGUUUGGACCUGCUGAGGAUGAGGAUAGUACCCGGAUACCAAGGAAGAUCUUAAAACUUGUCGAAGAAUUUUCAGUCGCUGAAUCCAAUCCAAGUUUAGGUAUAGCUGAGAGAACUUAUAACUUGGAAGAGGAAUGUAUAAAGCUGAAGUUCCACCGUGAGAAAGACCGAAUACUCAGCCAAACAAUUCAGUUCAAUAAACCAACAACAGAGGGACAGAAAACAGUCAAUGCUGAAGAUAUAUCAGUGUACAUGGUUGAUCCAAGACAACAAGCUCCAAGUAUUCAUCAUCUAAGAAUACUGCAUAGGGAUCAAGUAAAGGAGCAGAACCGAGUAUUGAGCAGAGCCAAGGAUAUGGAGAAACAAGUUCUAGAGUUAAUUGACAGGAGAAUAGAAGAAGAAACAAAUACAGGUCUAAUCGUAGGACUUUUUGAUACUAAACGCAAUGCAAGAGUAAAGGCUGGCCGUGAGGCCCAGGAGCGCGCUAAGCGUGAGCGUGAGAAGAGUGAGAUGGAUUUAGAACUAGACUUCUUAGCUCCGUACCUUGCCAAGUUCGGAGUCGAGGAGUUAACCAGGGAGCAGGCCAUGCACGUCAGGGACGAGUGUUUGGAGAGCAUCAAGGCAAGUAUGGAGGAGAAGGAGCUGGAGCUAACCUCUCACCUUCAUUCUUUGAAGGAGGAAUUGGAGAAAAUCAAAACUGUAGAUCCUCCCUCUCAGGAGGAUUUACAGAGCAAGAAGUUCUUCAUAAACGUUCUGGAGACAAGAGUUAAGAGACACAAACAGUCCGCCAAGAUACAGUUCCUGAAAGCAGAGAAGAAGAUACGGAGUGAUCCAAGACUGAAAAAGUUCUUGAACCCUGAUAAUGUGUAAUUUUUGGUUGUUUUUACAGUGGUACCCAUAAAACUGUGCAGAAGGAAAGACGACUGUUAUUAACUUAAUGUAAUAAGUAUCAAAAUGUAAAGUGUAUCAAACCCAUCUCACUUGAUCAGUCGAUUUCAAAACAAAUACACAUGCGAUUUAAUAAAUGUCGUUCUCCAA